AUGGCAGAGUUCACACAUGAGAGUACUGAAGAGCAGGAAGAGAGUUUACAUGUGGAGGAAUUAGAAUUCGCACCAGCAGCAUUGGAUGACUCUUUGCCAGAAGUGGAAGAUCCUCUACAGGAGAUAAAUUUAGGGACAGAAGAAGAUUCUAGACCUACUUUUGUUAGUGCGCUGCUGGAAGAACCGUUAAAGAGUGAAAUCAUUGCACUUUUACAUGAUUUCAGAGAUUGUUUCGCAUGGGAUUAUCAUGAGAUGCCCGGACUGGAUAAAGCAUUAGUAUAA